AUGAGCAAUCCUAUACUCCUUCCAGCUACGGAAUCGAUGCAAGAGCUAUGUCGACAAAAACAGGAAAGAGAGCUCCAGAACGUCCGUGGUCCGCUGCGUGAAUAUAAAGCCACCAUAACAGAUACCAAGAUUCUCUCUAGAUUCGAGAACGAACAAGCGCCCAAUAUUCGACGGCAAGCACUACAUGAAGGCAAAAGUGUCAGUAACGCCCGAAAUUACGGACCUCGUGAACUUGACAAAGGCACGAUUGCGUCACCUGAGCGUACUAUCACCGUCUUUAUACCACUAGCGACACAAACUGCAAGUACGCAAAGAUUUUCCAAAGUCCUGUACCAGCCUGAUAAGGAUAAAGCCGAGGUUAGGCAACUCCUACCUUGGGACGUCGGAAACCAUAUUCAGACCCCCGGAAACAGUCGAAUCGUUGUAGAGGAAGGGCCAGUAUGCUUUGACAUGGUUCAAUAUGAUUGGGAGCCUGCUAAGAGCCAAGAGAGCAAGGAUGAGUAG